GAGGAGGAGAAGGAGAAGGGAGGCGCCUGUCCUCCGGCGGCCGCCCCGCUCCUCCGCUCCCACGCCCCCGGCGGGCCGCCCCCCCCCCGGGCGGGGCUUCUGUUCCGGGCGCGGCGGGCGCUAGGAGGGCGGAGGCGGCGGGGCUAAGCUGAGCUGAACGGGACCAUCAUGAGCCGCUUCCAAGUGUCCAAGUUCCGGCGCGCGGAGGCCAGGCCGGCCCGCAGGGAGGCCUGGAUCGAAGGCAUCCGCGGUGGCUCUUCUGCUGCUUCCAGGAAUGCCAUCAAGACCAGCGGUCGCUGGAUUGUGUUCAGCACAACCUGUGCGGGGGUGCUGGGAGUCGUGCCGCUGGAGAGCCAGGAUGGGGGGCAGAGGCCAGUUUCGCAGCUGAGCUGUCACUCGGGUGAGGUGGCAGAUUUUGACUUCUCCCCCUUUGAUGAGCAGAUCUUGGCCACGUGCUCUGCCGAGGAAGCUGUGAAAGUCUGGCGCCUCCUUGAUUCCGGUCCAGAUUUCUCCUCUUCCCCCAACGUGACUCUGGGGCCAGAGGGGGGCCAGGCGGGCACGGUCCUCUUCCACCCCACAGCAGAUGGCAUCCUGGCCAGUGGGGCUCAAAGGACAGCGAAGGUUUGGGAUGUGGAGCAGCGACAACCCAGAACAGAGCUGGACGCUCAUGGUGACCUCCUCCAGAGUCUGGCUUGGCGUCCGGAUGGCGUCCUCUUGGGAAGUUCCUGCAAGGAUAAAAUGCUGCGGAUCUUUGAUCCCCGUGCCAGCCCAGCAGCCUGCCAGAUUGUUCAGGCCCAUGAGAAUGGCAGAGACUCCAGACUGGUCUGGGCGGACGCCACCAACUACCUCCUCUCCGUUGGGUUCAACCAGGUGAGGGAACGUGAGGUGCGGCUUUGGGACACACGGGCGUUCCGUGGCUCAGUGGCUUCUGUCACCCUGGAUGCGUCCCCCAGGACCUUGAUCCCGCUCUUUGACCUCGACACUCGCCUCCUGGUGCUGAUGGGGAAAGGGGAAGACAUGCUGUUCUGCUACGAGGUGCUGCCUGGACAGCCAGUGCUGACAGAAGUCGGCCAGUGCCGGAGCGAGAGCAAGGCCCACGGGAUCGCGCAGGUGCCCAAGCUGGCCCUGGACGUCCUGGCCUGCGAAGUCAUGCGGGUCCUGCAGCUCACAGACAGCGCCAUCGUGCACGUCAGCUACAAAGUGCCACGGAAGUCCACGCAGGAGUUCCAGGAGGACCUGUUCCCCAGCUGCGUCGGAAACGUCCCUGCGGCCUCUGCUCAGGCCUGGUGGGCAGGAGAUGUCAGCCAGGUCCCGCGCAUCAGCCUCCACCCCGCCCACCGGACCAGCCGAACCUUCACUUCCCGCUGUGUUCUGAGCCUCCACCUGGAAAGCCAGACCCUGGGCUCCCCCCAGCCAGACAAGAAGACCGAGGACCUGGAUAUCAGCGCGGGCAGCGGCCUGUCCUCUCCCACCAGCACCCCGACGUCUCCCUCCAGCACGGCAGCAUCCCUCUCCGCCACCAGCGGCUUUGUCUCUAGCCCGAGCCAGAGGUCCUUGCAGAGCAUUCUGGGCCCCAGCUCCGGCUUCCGCCACAUCCAGGGCACCGUCCUGCCCCGCGGCACCCACUUCACCAACCUCAAGGGGCUGAACCUCACCACGCCAGGCGAGUCGGACGGCUUCUGUGCUAACCAGCGACACGUUGCCGUCCCGCUGCUCUCUGCAGGAGGGCAGGUGGCCAUCUUGGAGCUGUCCCAGCCGGGUCGCUUGCCUGACGUUUCCCUGCCUACCAUCGAGAACGGGGCUCCAGUUUCCGACCUGUGCUGGGACCCCUUUGAUCUGGAGCGCCUGGCUAUUGCCGGGGAAGAUGCCAGAAUCCGCCUGUGGCGGGUCCCACCGGAAGGGCUGCAGGAGAGCUUGCGAGAACCUGAGGCUGUGUUGCGAGGUCACACGGAGAAGAUUUACGCCAUCAAAUUCCACCCGCUGGCUGCAGACAUCCUGGCCUCCUCCUCCUAUGACCUGAGCAUCCGGAUCUGGGAUGCACGCUCAGGGAAACAAGCGCUGCUUCUCAAUGGACACGGGGACCAGAUCUUCAGCAUGGCCUGGAGCCCAAACGGAUGCCACCUGGCCACCGUGUGCAAGGAUGGGAAAGUGCGGGUUUAUGAGCCCCGACAAGCAGCCCAGCCCACGCAGGAAGGCCCAGGCCCCGAGGGAGGCCGGGGGGCCCGCAUUGUCUGGAUGUGUGGAGGCAAAAACCUGCUGGUGUCGGGCUUUGACAGCCAUAGCGAACGUCAGCUCUGCCUGUACCGUGCAGAGUUCCUGGCAAAUGGACCUGUGGCCCACAUCAGCCUCGACGUCUCUCCAUCCACCCUCAUCCCCUACUAUGACAUGGACACGGGUUUGCUCUUCCUGACAGGCAAGGGGGACACCCGAGUCUUUGUGUAUGAAAUUGUUCCCGAGGCACCCUUCUUUCUGGAGUGUAACAGCUUCUUCUCCAACGAGCCCCACAAGGGCUUCCAGUUCCUGCCCAAGCCGGAGUGUGACGUGCGUGAGGUGGAGAUCGCCCGGGCCCUGCGUCUCAGGCAGACCUCUAUUGAGCCCGUAGGCUUCCACGUGCCCAGGAUCAAGAAAGAGUUCUUCCAGGAUGAUCUCUACCCGGCCACAGAGGUGUGGUGGGAACCUGCCUUAUCAGCCACCGCCUGGCUCGAGGGCUCCAAUGGACAACACCGCAAGAUCAGCCUUCAGCCCGGUACUAUGACACCAGUGAGCAGAGCCCCAAAGGAUCUUCCCAGCCGAAAAUAUGUCCCGUCCUCUGUCUACCUGGAGGAAAAGUCUGACGAGCAGAAGAAAGAGGAGCUGCUCAACGCAAUGGUGGCCAAGCUGGGCAACCGCGAGGACCCCCUGCCACAGGACGCCUUUGAGGGCGUGGAUGAGGAGGAGUGGGACUGACCUGGCCAGCUGCGCUUGGAACCGCAAACCGCCUCUCUGCUGGAUGGGAUCUCUGCCACCUUGCAACUGGAGUCUGGCCUCACUGUCACGGACAAACUGGACUGCCCCCCCUCCCCCCAAUUCAGGCACUUUCCCAGCAGGAGGGCCAGGUACUUGGUGGGUGUGGCCUCCCACUGCCACCUCCAGAGGUGCCAAGACCUUUCCUCAGCCCAGCCAUUUCUUUCCAGGCUCUGCUUCUAGCUUGCCUGCCUGCCUUCCAAACAGCCACUCGGGUACCUGGCAUCUGACUAGGGUCAUCAUUUACACUUAAGGCUAGCCUCAGCAAGCCCUGCCUUUCACCCCCAAUGCCGCCCCACACACCCGAGGGAUGAGAAAAGACACAGUCGCUGCGUGUCGUUGGUCAGCAGCCACCAAUGCUGCUUCUGCACCACUCCAGGAUGGAAGCCGGACGUCUGGCCUCUCUGGGGCUGAUGCCCUUGCCUUGCUGUGAGGCUUGUGCUGCCAUCUGUUCCCUGGCCUGGGUUCCCCCCCCCCCCCCCGAUGCCUGCAGGGACGCCUGAGGGGGUCAGCAUUGCUCACACUGCAGCCACAAGGAAGCGUCUCCCAUCUGGCCCUCAGGUGGUUCCCAGUUGCAGAACUGGAAAGCGCUGGACGGGGAAAGGGUUCAGCGGAGCUGUGUAUGUGGCAACAACAUGACCAAACUGCUUUGACA